UUUUAUAGAAAAACUUGAACUAUUUUUACAGAGAUAUAUUCGAUUUUUGGAGUUUGAUUUAAGAGCACGUUUAUUUUUUCAAAUUUAAGAUGGCUCAAUUCAUUGGGAAAUGGAAAGGUGACGGUAGCACAUACACAAAUUAUGAUAAGUUCGCUAAGGAAUCAGGUCUUACUGAUGAACUGAUCGAGAAGUUUAGAAAUGCAAAGAAUACUGUUGAAUUCAAGCAUGAAGGAGAGCAUUGGAUUUGCGAUACAUGGAGCGAUGUUACACCAAGCAAAUGUUAUAAAUUUAAGCCUUUAGAGGAGGUUGUUACAACCGGUCCAAUGGGAAAAGGUGUUAAGUUUACAGUAACCAUUGAUUCUGACAGUAAAAUGACAAUGAAAGAACAGAGUGAAUUGAUGGGAUGGAAAUCAAUUACAGUUGUGAGGGAAAUAAAGGGAGAUAAAAUGAUGGCUACAAUGAUUCUUGACAGUGGAACUGAAAUGACAGCUGAGAUGACAAGAUGUUGACAUAACAUCAAUGUCUAUGCAUAUCUCUGAUCUUCGUAUAAUUAUAGACGUGACUGUUCCUGUGAUGACUGUGUUCUUCAAUCUAGUUAAAUGUCUCUAUAUUACCAAUAUAUAGUCGCUUACAAUAUUGUAAUCUAUGCAUUUGUACUGUAUGAUAUGCAAACAUCAAUAAGAUAGAUAGUAAAUGAAUAAAAAAUGAACUCAAAUAG